AUGUCCUCUCAGGAAACUGCCGAACAAGGAGGGCUACCACCAGGCUCUGUGGAACAUGGAUCCUCUAACCAACAAGAGCUGCAAGAAGAAGCAGGGCAAGCAGGAGCCGUACUGACCGCUGAUGUGCAGUGGGUGGCUGGGCAGAAUCCGGAUGGAACUGAAGCUGAUGACACAAAUGAAAGAAAAAAGAAAAUGAUGUUCAUCAGGGUAUUAUUGUUGCUGCUAGUGUUGUUGGUGAUUCUGGUUAUUGCCAUUCCGCUGGCUGUUCGUGGAGGACAGAACGAUGAUCCAUCGCUGGAAACCAGUGUGAUGGAUAAUUCAACGCAAGGUGAAACUUCCGAUCCAGUGCCGACACAAGUACCAACGCAGCCCCCAACACUGGAAAGUGACCUAGAUUUUGAGGUGCUUCUCCCCAAUGUAGCCAACUCCACCUUUGAAGUGAUUUUGUCGGAUCAAUCGUCACCCCAAUACAAAGCAUUCAACUGGUUGACUUCUGAUCCCUACCUUCGAAGGUAUGAAACCUGGCGACGGGAACAGCGAUUUGCUUUGGCUACAUUUUUCCAUGCAUUCGUUGGCCCACACUUUUGGACAUGGCUGAACUAUGAAAUAGAGGAGUGUGGAUGGGGUGAGAAUGUUAACAAAAUACACGUUCAUUGCGAUGAUGAUGGUCGUGUAAGGAGAAUUGUGGUGGGAAGAGCCGUGGACAGAGACUUUGUUUAUUUUCGUGGAUCCAUCCCACCAGAGCUUUCAUUGCUUGGUCAGUUGGAAGAAUUGGACAUUUCGGAGAAUAGACAAUAUUUUUCCUUGGGGAGUUGGCUACCACCAAGAAUAUCAUCAGAGUCAUUUCCGUCACUGAAAGUGAUUGGCUGCACUGAUUGCGAUCUACGAGGAUUCUUCCCUGCAGUGCUCUGUGACUUGACCAAUAUCCACACCAUGAGGUUCGGAGCGAACAUACUUGAGUUGACUCAGCUGGACCAGCUUCAAAUUUUGACAUUGUCAAUUAACAAGCUGUCCGGAAUGGUCCCUUCCGAGUUUGGCUUGAUGACAUCAUUGACACACUUGGGCUUUUCUGAAAACAAGAUGAUGUCGGGCAGUCUCCCAACUGAACUUGGAUUAAUGACAGCCUUGGCUUUCUUGAACAUGAGUGCAACUGCAAUAUCGGGCAGCAUUCCCUCUGAACUGGGGUUACUGACAUCAUUGACUGAAUUGGCUUUGCACCACAGCAAUUUGUCCGGAAUGGUGCCAAGCAGUCUUUGUUCCAACCCAGACUUAUUGCAGAUUCUUGUCGAUUGUGAUUCAGUGGAUUGUACAUGCAGUCAAUGCAAAUGCAGCACACCGUAG